GCAUUUUGAUCAUCUCGAUCAUGUCGUUCUCCGCCAUUGUCAUCCCACCACCUCCACCGUUCGCCGCCGUGAAAAAACCUGUUUUCAUCCGUUCUGUUUGGGCGAACAAUCUGGAGUCUGAGUUUUCGUUGAUCCGUAGCUUGGUCGACCGUUUUCCUUUUGUUUCAAUGGAUACAGAGUUCCCUGGUGUGAUAUACCGGUCGGACAUACGUGCUAAGAACCCGAUUGAGCUCUACAACAAUCUGAAAUUGAAUGUUGAUGCUCUUAAGCUGAUUCAGGUAGGUAUCACUCUGACUGAUGUUUACGGUAACCUGCCGGACUUUGGCUGUGGUUUUGGUUUCAUCUGGGAGUUCAACUUCCGUGAUUUUGAUGUGUUGCAUGAUGAUCAUGCACCGGAUUCCAUUGAGUUGCUCCGUGAUCACGGGUUGGACUUUAAGAAGACGCGUGCUCGUGGUGCUGAUACCACCAGGUUUGCUGAAUUGAUGUUGUCCUCUGGGCUGCUCUGCAAUGAUGCUGUUUCUUAUGUGACUUUUCACAGUGCUUAUGAUUUUGGCUACCUGAUUAAGGUUCUUACGGGCUGUAAGCUUCCAGGUGUGCUGACAGAGUUUCUGAAGUUGCUGAAGGUCUUUUUUGGUGAAAAGGUUUAUGAUGUGAAGUAUAUGAUGAUGUUUUUCCCGUACCUUCAUGGAGGAUUGGACCGGGUUGCUGAAACUCUCAUGCUGAAUCGCUUGGUUGGGAAUAGCCAUCAGGCUGGCUCAGAUAGCUUGCUGACUUGGCAUGUGUUUCAAAAGGUGAAGCAGGUCUACUUAGAGGACAAUGAGGCUCGCACCGAGAAGUUUGGUGGUAUUCUCUUUGGGUUAGAGGUUCUUUCUCCCUAGAUGUAGUGUUCUAAUUUCAGAAGUUCUGUACAAUCCUUUUACUUAAUUGAAAGGAGUUUUAGUUUGGUUAA